AUGACAGAGUGGCCAGGGCCGCAGGAGAGUGCUACUGUCGUCCACCAGAGGAAACCUCAGAGGCCUUGGGUCCCUGCUCCCCGGAAGAACCCCCCUCACCAGGUUCCUGUGAACAAUAGCUGGGCAGGAAGGAGUGCAACUCUGAAGGGUUAGUCACUGUCCAUGCGCCCCUGUGAGUUUCCUGUCAGGAAGAAGGGAGUGUAGUGACGGGGGGAAGAAGGAGGGAAGGAGCCACACUAGGCACAUACAGCACUAUGAUAACAGUCUGGGGAGCCAACCCUCUGCUGAGCCAGAGCCGCUGAAGGGAAAUGUCCUUCAUCUACUUUAAACCAUCUCCUCUUCCUCUUGCCCUCUCUCCCUUUCUCUUUAUUUCUCUCUCAUUCUCUCGCCACAUCUUUUUCUUUCUCUUUCUCUCUCUCCCCAUCGCUCGCUCUCUCUCUCUCUCGCUAUCACUUCAGACAUGCUUGGUUCAGUCAGCCUCUUUAAAUUAUUCAUCCAUUGCCUGCCUGCUCCUUAUCUUUAGUGCUCAAGAAGAUUUGCCUUUCCAAAUCACUAUACAGGCUUCUGUGUGUAGGUUCUAUGUGUGUAUGAAUCCUUCUUAAGGCUUUCAGUUAGAAGAAACAGCAUUUAGAAGGCAUUUGUUACAGCUUGCACUCUGUACUCGGAAUAGAAAUCUAGAACAGGCUACUCUCUAUUUCCCUUUAUAGAUGUUGAUUAGCUUUGAUGACGUAUUGUGAGGAUGGGCCUCAAAAGGUCACACGUUUACAUGUAGACUUUUCACUCUUUCUGCGAUUGUAGUUGCACUGCUCUCAUAACAGACCUACUUCUCUCAAUUGAUAUUCUGAGGCUGUUCCUGUUCUGGCCCGAGGAGGUUGCAAAUAUAGGCCAGUUACAGUUAUUUUUAUUACUAAUGGUGCUUCAAUCUGGGCCAAAAACAUCCUGUUAGUUUAGCUGAGAUUUGUGUGUGAUCCUCUAGAUGUCGUGUGUGUGUACAUUUUAAAGAAAUCCACAUGGAAUGGGAUGAAUCUUGUUUUCAAAGAGGAUGCCAUUAUGAUUGGUGAAACUGAUGUGUCACGAUCAGUUGUUGAUUAGUUACAGAUACAUAAUAAUAAUAUAUUAUUAUAUAAGAUAUAGCUCAGUUGAAGUGUUGCUAGUGAGUCAUAAUGUUUAUCAUUAGUGGACUUGACACUGUAGCAGUACAUUUAACACCAAAUGCCUCUUAGAAGAGUAUAUUCCAUUGUAUCGGCUACACCCGAUAGUUCAACCUUCUAAACCCACUACCUCUGCUGUCACUAGACACCCAACAUCUACACCCACAUGGAGGAGACGGAUGCACCAUAGCAUACACUAAGAACAAAAUCUUGCCAUUGAUAUUAUGGCUGUCCAUAAAAAUUUUUUAUCUACUGGUGGGGUUUUACAGUAGUUAUAAUUGCUGUGUGGCCCUUUUUCUGAAUAAACAUGCCUGGUUGUCUAAGCCUGUUGUUAGUCAUCUGUGUUUAUGGCCCAGCGCCGCUCUCUACCCCUGGGGCUGAUGAGCUGGCUUAACACACACACACACACACACACACACACACACACACACACACACACACACACACACACAGACACACACACACAGAGAGAGAGAAAUAAACCACCUGGCUCAUUAUUUUACAGUAUAAUCCUACAGAUUAUUACCUCAACCUUGUUGAGCUUCCUAGCAUCUGUUUUAUCAUUUCAUCUACGUGUGGCUUGGCAUUGGAUUACUGCAAAAUACAGUACAAUCUUUUUGGUUGGGGACAUCGCAUUAUAAGCAAGCAUAACCAGUUUACAUGUAUGUAAUAGGGUUACUUGAAUGGCUCAUCUCAUGGCUGUAGUAAGCAUCCUAUCUGUGUGUCUGGGGGGCAGUUAUCGUUUUAGCCUUUUGCAAUAUGAUGCUGCAAAAGCUUAUGGGAUUUGGUUAUGAAAUGGAUUUGAAACAUUUACAUUUACAUCAUAUCCAGAGCGACUUACAAAUUGGUGCAUUCAACUUAUGAUAGCCAGUGGGACAACCACUUUUCUUUUUUUUUGGGGGGGGGGAAGAUUACUUUAUACUAUUCUAGGUAUUCCUUAAAGAGGUAGGGUUUCAAGUGUCUCCGGAAGGUGUUCAGUGACUACGCUGUCCUGGCGUCGUGGGGGAGCUUGUUCCACCAUUGGGGUGCCAGAGCAGCGAAUAGCUUUAACUGGGCUGAGCGGGAACUGUGCUUCCGUAGAGGUAGGGGAGCUAGCAGGCCAGAGGUGGAUGAACGUAGUGCCCUCGUUUGGGUGUAGGGUCUGAUCAGAGCCUGAAGGUAAGGAGGUGCCGUUCCCCUCACAGCUCCGUAGGCAAGCACCAUGGUCUUGUAGUAAAUGCGAGCCUCAAGUGGAAGCCAGUGGAGUGUGCGGAGGAGCGGGGUGACAUGAGAGAACUUGGGAAGGUUGAACACCAGACGGGCUGCAGCGUUCUGGAUAAGUUGUAGGGGUUUAAUGGCACAGGCAGGGAGCCCAGCCAACAGCGAGUUGCAGUAAUCCAGACGGGAGAUGACAAGUGCCUGGAUUAGGACCUGUGCCGCUUUCUGUGUAAGGUAGGGUCAUACUCUGCGAAUGUUGUAGAGCAUGAACCUGCAGGAUUGGGUCACCGCUUUGAUGUUAGCGGAGAACGACAGGGUGUUGUCCAGGGUCACGCCAAGGUUCUUUGCACUCUGGGAGGAGGACACAAUGGAGUUGUCAACCGUGAUGGCGAGAUCAUGGAGCGGGCAGUCCUUCCCCGGGAGGAAGAGCAGCUCCGUCUUGCCAAGGUUCAGCUUGAGGUGGUGAUCCAACAUCCACACUGAUAUGUCUGCCAGACAUGCAGAGAUGCGAUUCGCCACCUGGUUAUCAGAAGGGGGAAAGGAGAAAAUGAAUUGUGUGUCGUCUGCGUAGCAAUGAUAGGAGAGGCCAUGUGAGGAUAUGACAGAGCCAAGUGACUUGGUGUAUAGAGAGAAUAGGAGAGGGCCUAGAACUGAGCCCUGGUGGACACCAGUGGUGAGAGCACGUGGUGCGGAGACAGAUCAAAGGCAGCGGAUAGGUCUAGAAGGAUAAGAGCAGAGGAGAGAGUUAGCUUUAGCAGUGCGGAGAGCCUCCGUGACACAGAGAAGAGCAGUCUCAGUUGAAUGACCAGUCUUGAAACCUGACUGGUUUGGAUCAAGAAGGUCAUUCUGAGAGAGAUAGCAGGAGAGUUGGCUAGAGACGGCACGCUCAAGAAAGGGAUACUGGUCUGUAGUUGUUGACAUCGGAGGGAUCGAGUGUAGGUUUUUUGAGGAGGGGUGCAACUCUCGCUCUCUUCAAGACGGAAGGGACAUGGCCAGCGGUCAAGGAUGAGUUGAUGAGCGAGGUGAGGUAAGGGAGAAGGUCUCCGGAAAUGGUCUGGAGUAGAGGGGAUAGGGUCAAGCGGGCAGGUUGUUGGGCGGCCGGCCGUCGCAAGAUUUCAUCUGGAGAGAGAGGGGAGAAAGAAGUCAAGCAUAGGGUAGGGCAGUGUGAGCAGGACCAGCGGUGUCAUUUGACUUAAUAGAUGAGGAUCGGAUGUCGUCAACCUUCUUUUCAAAAUGGUUGAUGAAGUCAUCCACAGAGAGGGAGGAGGAGGAGGAUUCAGCAGGGAGGAGAAGGUGGCAAAAAGCUUCCUAGGGUUAGAGGCAGAGGCUUGACAUUUCGAGUGGUAGAAAGUGGCUUUAGCAGCAGAAACCGAGGAAGAGAAUGUAGAGAGGAGGGAGUGAAAAGAUGACAAGUCCGCAGGGAGUCUAGUUUUCCUCCAUUUCCGCUCGGUUGCCCGGAGCCCUCUUCUGUGAGAUCGCAAUGAGUCGUCAAGCCACGGCGCAGGAGGGGAGGACCGAGCCGGCCGGGAGGAUAGGGGACAUAGAGAGUCAAAAGAUGCAGAAAGGGAGGAGAGGAGGGUUGAGGAGGCAGAAUCAGGAGAUCGGAGGGAGAAGGAUUUAGCAGAGGGAAGAGAUGAUAGGAUGGAAGAGGAGAGAGUAGCGGGAGAGAGAGAGCGAAGGUUGCGACGGCACAUUACCAUCUGAGUACGGGCAGAGUGAGUAGUGUUGGAGGAGAGCGAGAGAGAAAAGGAUACAAAGUAGUGGUCGGAGACUUGGAGGGGAGUUGCAGUGAGAUUAGUAAAAGAACAGCAUCUAGUAAAGAUGAGGUCAAGCGUAUUGCCUGCCUUGUGAGUAGGGGGGGACUGUGAGAGGGUGAGGUCAAAAGAGGAAAGGAGUGGAAAGAAGGAGGCAGAGAGAAAUGAGUCAAAGGCAGACGUAGGGAGGUUAAAGUCACCCAGAACUGUGAGGGGUGAGCCAUCCUCAGGAAAGGAACUUAUCAAGGCGUCAAGCUCAUUGAUGAACUCUCCAAGGGAACCUGGAGGGCGAUAAAUGACAAGGAUGUUAAGCUUGAAUGGGCUAGUGACUGUGACAGCAUGGAAUUCAAAUGAGGAGAUAGACAGAUGGGUCAGGGGAAAAAGAGAGAAUGUCCACUUGGGAGAGAUGAGGAUUCCUGUGACACCGCCGCACUGACCAGAUGCUCUCGGGGUAUGCGAGAACACAUGGUCAGACGAGGAAAGAGCAGUAGGAGUAGCAGUGUUUUCUGUGGUAAUCCAUGUUUCCGUCAGCGCCAAGAAGUCGAGAGACUGGAGGGUAGCAUAGGCUGAGAUGAACUCUGCCUUGUUGGCCUCAGAAUGGCAGUUCCAGAGGCUGCCGGAAAUGAACUAAACAUCUGGGAAAGCGAGAGAGCAGGGCCUCCCUCACUUACGUGUCACUGAAACACUCAAAUAUAACUCUUCCACUUUAGAAAUUAUAAUUGUUGUAAACUACAGCGGUUCAAUGUUUUCUAGGAAAAGACUAACUUAGUUUAUUCAGCUAGCUAACUUGGUACAGUAUUCUUCCGUGAAAACCGUCCAGGGCACCGAAUCCUAUGACGCCAUAGCAUGCCAGCCUCCAAUAACACGGUUUAGCACCAAUACUCGGUUACAACAAACCACCAGUGUGAUAACACGCCAAACAGAUCAAUCGUGUCCGUGUCUAACGUUGUGUAAGGUUUUGGGUUAGUUUUGACAGUUUGAGUGAGUACGUCGUCAACUUAUUCAGCCAGUUAAUUAGCUAGAAUAGUUAGCAUACUAGCUAGCCAUUGCUCUCUGCCAACGAACAAACCCGUCCUCCCACGGCACGAAACACACAGAGAGAGCCAAGCUAACGUUAACUAGUCACCCAUGUCCCGAAUUCCCUUGAACGACUCUGGUUACCAGAAUGUAAAAACAAAACAAAAAUAAGUUAAGUGCAAAGCUAGCCACUGAAUCGAUUCAGACAGUUUGCGUCUGUCCCAACAGAGAGAAAGCGUCUCCAAAUAUUACAGCUAGGUCGUUCAAGCUAUUGUUUAGUUAGCUAUCCAGGUAGCAACAAGCUAGCUACAUUUCGAGUACAGUAGCUACUAACUACCUAACGUUAACGCUUCCGAUAAUGAGGUUAGAAAAACAGCUGAAUGGUAGGUAGCUAGCUGGCAUAAUUACAGGUACUCUUAAGCGUGAAAUAACAUUGGAAACAACUAUCCACAGUUGCUAAUAGUUACCAGUAGCUACCCGCUAGCUAGCUAGCUUUAUUGGUCCAGGUAGUGGGUUAGCUAGCCUUGUGCUUCACCGGUCUCAGCCGAAUACAAUAAUUACCUACAAUAACUACCUAGAUAAACUACCUACAAUACCUAACUACAAUACCUACCUACAAUCUAAAUACAUGGUUUAAGCUUUACUCAACACCAUAUAAGAAGCCAAGCUUACCUCCCGCUAGAGAAACACAACCUCACCCGACCAGUAUCCAGUAUCACCGAAACAGCUACAGUCAAAUAUAAAACUUGUAAAAAGAGUAAUCAAAUCAAUGCUAGUAAAUUGUUAACAAUGGUAGUAAAACGCUAAUUGACAAUCUCUUUGUGUCUGCAGAGCAAGGACUGGAGGAGAUGAAGAAGCUUUUGUUGCUGUUGCUUGGCUGUGCCGUCCAGGUAAGUCCUACACUCAUCACCCCCUUAAUCAUCUACUGUCAGUAGUCUACCAAUACCAUAACUCUCCUGUAGGAUGAACACUCACUCUACUACCGUUAUGAAUAGCUCUUACUCACUAGUUCCUGAACAUCUAUAACCUUCGGCUCUAUUGUUCAGACAAGUGUUAACACAGCUAUAUGAGUAAUGUGAGUGAAAGGAGUCAUUCUCACUCAGACUAGCAUUAGUUCGCUGUUCCCUCUUCCUCAGCAGUUGGCACUGCGACAGGUGGUCUGUCCUGGCUGUCCUGGUAGCAGGUCAGAGAGGGGUCAGAGGGGCUGUCAGAUGGCGUGUCUGCUCCAUGGGAGGCCCUGUCUGCCCUGACCCGACCCUUGUCUCUAUCUCUGCCCUGAGCCUGGCUGGAGUAGUAAUGACGAUGCCUCAUACAUAACCAGUGCCCUAGCCAGAGAGAUGCUGACCUCACACUGUCAUUCUCGUUUACACUGUUCAGGGGUUCUGAACAGGCUACUUCUCAAAGACCCCUCAAAGGGAAAUAUGUAUCUGUCUCAUCUGUCUGUAUGAAGUCGGUGUUGAUUUGUUUUGUUUUUUCGAUCAUGAUUUGAAGGUGACGAUGUUCGAUUACAGGUUAAAGGCACAUAAAAAUAACAGUUCUUGCAAAAUGUCUGCAUUUUUGAGGCGGGAAAACCUGUCUCCCUUACACUCUCACCAACAGGAAAGAACAAAGUAGCUGCUCACUACACAUGGUUACCAGAUAAUAGUCUAAGAGAAUACCUACACAUUCCUUCAGACAUCGCUUUCCUUAAAGCCAACCAAUCCGAACUCAGGCCAUUCUCCUGUGACCUCACAAAGACCUCUCCAGACUGUCAUCCUAACCCCAAACUGCCUCUUUUUGUUUGCAGUGUGAGAAGAAAGAGGAGUACAUCGAGAGGAUCCAGACCCUAGACUUUGACACAAAAGCUGCCAUAGCAUCUCACAUCCAAGAGGUAUGAGUGAAAAAAAACGAAAAACACAUUUUUGUGAGGGCAAAACAUAAACCCUGGGACCUCUUGUGUCUCUUUUGGGCCAGCUUGUUGUGUAACAGCUCAGACACACCGGUAGGAUUGUCAAUCAUUUGCCUGCCGUCAGUACUUAGCAUCUCUGAACAGAGUAUCGGCAGUCAAGCUCUGUUGUGUUCACACAGAAAAAACCUUGGAAAUCGUCAGACAUUCAGCCUUGUAGCUCAGUGGGCCUCUUGUAGCUCAGUUGGUAGAGCAUGGCGCUUGCAACGCCAGGGUUGUGGGUUCGAUUCCCACGGGGGGCCAGUAUGAAAAAUGUAUGCACUCACUAACUGUAAGUCGCUCUGGAUAAGAGCGUCUGCUAAAUGACUAAAAUGUAAAUGUAAAAUGUUGUUAAAAUACUCCAAACCAGAAGGUGGCAGUAGCGUUGUUUGGCAAUGCAUGUCCGUGUGUGUUGCUUAUGGUCUAGAUUCCAAGCUAGCUGCGCUAAUGUUGAUAUUUUGAAGAAAGCUCUUGUUGAUACUAGCCAGAUGGCCACAGCUAGAUAACUACCUAGCAAGAUGAAGAAGAAACUAUUUAAUUAAUUCUCCAUAGUCCCAUAUUGCCAGUGCCAGCCCAUAGCCAAAUGUUUAGCUAGCUAGCACAACAUAGCUAGCUAGCUAAGGACACUGCACUAACUUGGCAGCUAACACAGGCAGCUGUUUCAUGGAAACUAGCUAAUCCAUUGUGAUUUAAUUAUAAUGUCAACACUAGCUACAGUGGUUAGCUAGCUUGGAGGAAGUAUUUAGUGUUGUGUGCAUUGCGUCUGUGCACUUAGCUAACUAUCAUCCUAUAGCCUACAUUGCAUAUGAAGUGUGACUGGCUCAUCCGUGGAUGUACGGAGAAAAUACCCUCUUUUUCCUUUUUUGUAAUUUUAUUGGCUCACCCACGUGCGGGUUCGUGCUCUCUGAUUGGCUCAAAGUCAAGUUGUUGGUCACUGACGAGCAUUGCAAUUCUACAAGUAGAAACGGUAGGGUCGUCGCUACCGGGUCUGCAUGCAGCAGGUACUGCUUUUGUUCUAGCAAGAGAAGGAACGUCCUCCCACUGUACCUAUCAGCAGUCUUUCGGCAGUGAGAUUCUCUGUGUUUCAUGCUUAAAGACACUUGAGUUAAUGUAGGACAGAUCUGUGAGUUCAUUAGCCAAAUUUACAUCACUGUCCUUCACAGCUGUUUAAGUUAAAGUAGUUGGCUGCCCAUUGCUGUCAACACACCUGGGUCUCUGUGUAUUGGCUGGCAGAGUGAGAUGACUCUGAUAUGCUGUUGUUUUGAAGGUGACCCACAACCAGGAGAAUGUUGUGGACCUGCAGUGGCUGGAGGGGGGCGAGCUGCCCCCAGAGGACCUGGACUCCUUCUCCAGGAACAUGGCCUUCCAUCUCAAACGCCUGUUGGACGAGAGAGACGACCAGCUGGAGGUACAUGUCUGAAACGGGGCACAUUGGUGCCUUUUUAACUCAACCCACGAGACAUAAAAUGUUGUGGGAAAUGUGUUAACAAUCUAUAUAGAGUCUAGAUGGUAUCUGUCUGUGCAUUUUAUAUGGCGUCAAUGUGUGUGUGUCUGAGUGUGUGGUUGGUGUGUGUGUGAGUUGAACCCAGAGCAGUCUGAUUAAGCAUGGCCCACCCAUACAGCUGCCAUGGCCUGGUAGAGCAGCAAUCCCAGCAUUCUAUUGGCCAGGGGCGCGGACAGGGAUGGGGUGAUGAUGAUCUCCACUGGAGGCCAGACACACUUCAUUAAAAGCCCAUUUCCUUGCAUGGCCACUGGGUUAUAAACGUAGGACGAGAGAGGAGGGUCGUGGGGUGAACUAUAAUGACGAUGAUGGGAAUACGUCGUUUGAUUUCCUCUCCCUUUCACAGACCAUUUAAACCCAAUGCCUUUUCCCACUCUUAUCUCCGAACCCAGCUCAAUUCAGUUGUUGCGUGCCGAUACUUGAGCCUUAACUGCAUUAGGCCAAUUAGUACUGGGCUUUUCAUUAUGUUUGGGGUUUCCAUUUAAGUGACUGAUCCCGGUGUCUAGGUGCUGCUGCAUCUCCUCUGUGGCCCGUCCAAAUCAGAGUCAUCUCCCUAAGCUCACACCUCCCAGACUGAGCAGACAGAACAGCAGGGCAGCCUGACAACAUAGUCUGCAAACCACACCCUCAGUAUCCUCAAUCUUCAAUACCCUGCCUGACAACUGCUUUGACCCUCAUUGUGAUCAAUGAUCAAACACGGUUCAAAGCAAUUUGUGAGAGCCUUGCUUUCACCCAUCCAAAUCUGUUAGAUGACUCAGGCUGAUGAUUUCAAGUAAGGAAUGCAUGAUACAUAUCUCAAGUAUACACUUGGUGUAUAAAACAUACAUAUUGAGUUGCACCCCCUUUUGCCCUCAGAACAGCCUCAAUUCGCUGGGGCAUGGACUCUACAAGGUGUCGAAAGCGUUCCACAGGGAUGCUGGCCCAUGUUGACUCCAAUACUUCCCACAGUUGUGUCAAGUUGGCUGGAUGUCCUUUGGGUGGUGGACCAUUCUUGAUACACAUGGGAAACUGUUGAGCAUGAAAAACCCAGCAGUGUUGCAGUUCUUAACACACCUGGCUCCUACUACCAUACCCUGUUCAAAGGCACUUAAAUAUUUUGUCUUGCCCAUUUACCCUCUGAAUGGCACACAUACACAAUCCAUGUCUCAAAUGUCUCAAGGCUUAAGAAUCCUUCUUUAACUUCUUUCAACCCCUUCAUCUACACUGACUGAAGUGGAUUUAACAAGUGAGAUCAAUAAGGGAUCAUAGCUUUCACCUGGUCAGUCUAUGUCAUGGAAAGAGCAGGUGUUUCUAAUGUUUUGUACACUCAGUGUAUAUGAUGUGUGUAGGAUACAUGAUAAGAGCCCUGGUUUGUGAGUUUUGUCUAAGUGUUGUGGUGUUGUGUCCUUCCAGACCAUCGUGGAGCUGACCCAGGAGAGGGACUGUGGACAGUACUCUCCCCAGCCGUUCUGUGCCCAGUCACCCAACGACUCGCCCAGCAUGCGCCGCACAGAGAGCCGGCAGCACCUGUCUGUGGAGCUGGCCGACGCCAAGGCCAAGAUCAGACGUCUGCGCCAGGAGCUGUAAGUAACCCCGUUGGCCUUUCACUAGCUCUGUACGCACCCCAUUUGCCCUUCUGAGUAAGUCUGUAAGUGGUAGAUUGCAAACAGUCUGUUGAAUCUCUUAAUAUACCAUUGGUUCUCACAAGUUCUAUAAGCUUCCUACAGGUAUCCUAUAAGCACUGUGGGUCUCCCAUGUGCUGUCUAGCAGAGUGUCUAAAUUUGACACUGCAUUCAUCUGCUGCUGUCCCACGACUGUCUAGUGAUGAAAAAACAAACCAGAACUGUGUGCCCAUUGGAGCUGGGAGCCGUGACUCCGCUCUCUGUCGGUCUUUUGAGGAGUAUCCCAUUCUCCAGUUAAUAGAGCACUCUGACCGGAGAGAACAGCAAAAGCAGGACACUAAUUGCAGAACUAAAAGUCAUUCCAUGUCAGGGGUUAAAGAAGAAAACAUUUCCUGUAGCCUCUCAAUAGGACGCAAGUGGUUCUACAUUACUGUUUUGGUGUGAUAGUGCUAGACCUUUUUGCAGUGUCAUAAUUAACUUCCUCUUCAGAGGCCAUUAACCUUGGCAGAGACAAAGGCCAGUGGUCAGUUUAUCAAAGGGAGGGGUUGUUAUGAGAAGCUUUCUCUGUUUUAGGGGGAAGUGUUUUAGAAUGCACAAACUAAGCUGCUGACUCUGUGGAUUCUCUUCAUCAAGUCCAUCAUGAGAUUGAAAUGGUUUGUCCAUUAACGCUGUCGGCAUUCGAAACGGUUCUGAGGUAUCUGGCUUUUUACGAUGAUCAUAAUUCCAGAAGAUAUCAGUGAAGCUGCAAGUGCUGUACCCAACAACAAAACAAUCUAAAUGCACUGGGCUUGUCUGAUGCUUUAAGCACACUGUUUGAUGAAAUAAUUAGGACAAAUGACUCAAGGGAGCCAGACCUCAAGAUAACCAGAAGAAAAAAACGGUGUUAGAUCCUCCCGGUGCUGCUGACCUUCGCAGAUUCUGCCGUUACACUGAAGUUGCUGGUGAUAGGCUACACCAGGGGUCGGCAACCUUUUUCAUGUGGCAUGCCAAUUUACAAUUGAUCUUACCAUUUCUUUCGAUCUGCGUGCCAGUUAUGAUUUUCAUAUGCACAAUUUCGUGGAACAGUUUAAUUUCAAUUAUAAUAACGUCUUCGUAUCUCCAAAUCAUUGUCAUGUGGUUAAUCUAAAUUCUAUCUAAAUGAAAAUUAUUCUAAUCUAAAAGUUACUUCUAUUGGCAUAUAGGUAAAAAUAGCCUACAUGAAGCCAACAAAUAAAAAUCAGAGCAUGACAUUUCGGUGGUUGUCGAAAGGGAGAGAGCUGGAAAGAUUUUUUAAACACAUUGAGGAACUAUUGUCAUACUCAAAACAGACUUUGUUUACUUGCUGUUUGAGGUGAAGAAAAACAUACUCUGAGAAGCUCCACAGCUGAAUAGCCUAGUGGUGGUGAGUUAAGACAGUCAGAAAUACUAUCAGACAUCCCCACAUUGGCGCAGUUAUACAUUUGGCCUACUUCUAUGCGUGUUUAGGUGUGCGUCCUUACUCAACAUAGACAGGAGAGCUCCAAACAAAAUACAAUUAAUACAUUGACAAAACUCGUAUAAUGGAAUGAUAUAAACCAAAACUUGUUUCUCACAAGUGUGGCAUAGGUUGUAAGCCUUGCAGACAACGUGUCCACUCCGACAAUGACAACAGUAAACGACUGUAAUAGUAAUAUAAUGAAUGCAUUAACAGAAAUUACUGUAACCAAACAAACAUUGUAUAUUAGAAAUGAUGGGGAUUAACGGUAAAUGUACUAAUGUAUGUAAUGGGGAAUUGAUAGGUACUAAGGACAGACAAUUCACACAAUGAAAUUAUCAAACAAUGAAUGUGCACAAAUUGGAGGAGAGAGCGCAUUCAAAAGAUAGAUGCGCCUUGUGCAUCUUAGCCACACUCCCCUUCUUCUUAGAAUGUGUGAUCCCCGCGGCCUCCAAUGGAUUAGUCCACAGACAGGCGCCAAACAGACAGGUGUCUCAUGUGCCAUGAUUUUUUAAAAAUAUAUUUGCGACCGCUCUACUAAAUCUCAGUCGACCAACAGCCUUUUGACCAAACAAUCGACCAGUUGACUAAAUGGGGUCAGUCCUAGAAGCUGCAGACUGCUUCUCUGCAGGAGUGCAUAUACUGUAGUCUCGUGUGGCCAUAAAUAACCACAUACUGCUCCAGUCACCCAGGCCAGUCCUGAUGCCGACUCAGAUGUCUGGGGAUUUGGCCCAGAUCAGAUGAUUCCAUGCUGGGGCAUUAUAGACAUUCUUUAUGGGUCUUUGAUAUAAGAGCACUAAAUUCCACUUAUUUUUCUCCGAUUUCUGGUCAUUGUUCACUCUGGAGCACCAACACUAGAGGAAAGGGGAUCGUUCUCUGUUAAAGGCACGCUAUGGAACCCAAUAAAUAGAGAUCCACUGUGUUCUACUGUCUUUACUGAUUGCCUGGGAAGGAACUCCUGAGGGCACACUAAAGUGACCGGCAGAAUAUCUUUAGAAAAUAUGCUUUUUACUUAAGUACGAAACCUGGUGUUAAGAGGAAUGCAGGAAUAGAUUGUGUAGAAAUAGAUUAUGAAAUAGCCCCUAAAGACCCAAUCUCCAGUAUGGUGCAUUGUCUAAUGUGAAUGGUAGACUGUAAAAUGUGGGUAGACCAUGGUGCCACGGUUGUUAGUGACUCCGAGCUGCUGCAGGCUCAGUGCUGUCACCCACACAGGUUCACAGUGGAUGAGCAGCUUUGUGUUGAGCCUAGUCUGUCAUCUACUCUCUUUAGUAGGGUUCAAAUGAAACUGGGGAAAAAACGGAAAGAUGUUGAAAAGUUGUUUUACAGCUGAGGCGUGGCUGAAUGUCUGAUGACAUGAUCUAUUGUGGGAUGAGAUUAAAGGACUCCAGACACACAAGGUACACACUGGGAGUGUGUGUGUGUGGUGUGUGUGUGUGUGUGUGUGUGUGUGUGUGUGUGUGUGUGUGUGCAUACCCUGUGCUCACCAAAAGCAGCUGUAGCAACAGCUGCAGAACGUGAGUUUUAUUCCACGCUCAAAGCUAGCUGCUCCAGCCUCUGAUUUCAACAUACACAUCAUAGGAAGUGUGGAACAGAACAGCGAUAAGAAUUCCCACCGGCAAAUAGCAGACCCAGUAGAGAUCACUAAUCUGGCAGGCCAUCAUCAAGUAUAUUCAAUGGACCAGGGAGACUGGAAAGCAUCUCAACUGAUUUGAGGAAUGCACAGUCCUCUUCAAAGCUCUGUGGCGCAUUCUUCAUUCCUCACCGACCGGCAGCCUGCAGGACUGGCCUCCCUCAGCCUCAGAAAGCCCCAACCUACUCCCAAGCCGUGUCAGUGUCACAUCUAAACAAACAGCAGGAGGCCAUUCAAAUUGCAUUUAAGUUGCAUUGCCUGUCUAUAGCGCAAACCCAUUAACAGAAGAACAUGAUAUUGUGAGUUGAGAUCUAUUUGCUGCUCAUGCUGGGUUGAGGGGGUCUGAAGUCAGACAGGGGGAAGAAAGGAAUAUAUUGGCAUGUUACUCACUUAACCAGAUAUUAUAUGGAUUUGCAAGAUUACAAAGAGCUGUUGGAACAAAAGCAAGGCAGCUCUACAGUUAGAUAUUUGCAUGUCAUAGGGGAGUUGUUUGUGGUCAUUUGUAGGUUGCCUUUGUGGUCCAACUUGUAUAUUUUCAGUUGAACUAUGUUUGUUGUCCUAAGGAAAGAGUUACUCUGUCACAGUUGAGGUUAUAAAAUAACACAGGAAAGUCAGUGUUUUCCCUACUCAAGAUCAAUGAUUUGCCUCGGAGGGAAAAUGUAUACUGGAUGUUUUUUUCAAGUACAAACUAGGUCAAUGUUUUCAUGUGAUCGAAAAGACAGAAAACAUUCUCGCACACUAUCACUUCCUGUUACCCAUAUAUGGAUAUCUCAAUUGUUAAUUGAACAUUAAAAUGAAUUAUCCUCAUUUGAUAUACACUACCGUUCAAAAGUUUCGAAAGAAAAGCAAUUUUUUGUCCAUUUAAAAUAACAUCAAAUUGAUCGGAAAUACAGUGUAGACAUUGUUAAUGUUGUAAAUGGCUAUUGUAGCUGGAAACGGCUGAUAAAAAAUAAAUAAAAUGGAAUAUCUCCAUAGGUGUACAGAGGCCCAUUAUCAGCAACCAUCAGUCCUGUGUUCCAAUGGCACGUUGUGUUUGCUAAUCCAAGUUUAUCAUUUUAAAAGGCUAAUUGAUCAUUAGAAAACCCUUUUGCAAUUAUGUUAGCACAGCUGAAAACGGUUUCGCUGAUUUAAAGAAGCAAUAAAACUGGCCUUCUUGAGACUAGUUGAGUAUCUGGAGCAUCAGCAAUUGUGGGUUCGAUUACAGGCUCAAAAUGGCCAGAAACAAAUAACUUUCUUCUGAAACUCGUCAGUCUAUUCUUGUUCUGAGAAAUGAAGGCCAUCAUCAAACUGUCACUAACCAGAAUAGAAAGAGGAGUGGGAGGCCCCGGUGCACAACUGAGCAAGAGGACAAAUACAUUAGUGUCUAGUUUGAGAAACAGGUGGCUUACAGGUCCUUAACUGGAAGCUUCAUUAAAUAGUACCCGCAAAACACCAGUCUCAACGUCAACAGUGAAGAGGCGACUCCGGGAUGCUGACCUUUUAGGCAGAGUUGCAAAGAAAAAGCAAUUUCUCAGACUGCCCAUCUUAAUUUUUUAUUUUUAUUGGCCAGUCUGAGAUAUGGCUUUUGCUUUGCAACUCUGCCUAGAAGGUCAGCAUCCCGGAGUCGCCUCUUCACUGUUGACGUUGAGACUGGUGUUUUGCUGGUACUAUUUAAUGAAGCUGCCAGUUGAGGACCUGUGAGGUGUCUGUUUCUCAAACUAGACACUAAUGUAUUUGUCCUCUUGCUCAGUUGUGCACCGGGGCCUCCCACUCCUCUUUCUAUUCUGGUUAGAGACAGUUUGAUGAUGGCCUUCAUUUCUCAGAACAAGAAUAGACUGACGAGUUUCAGAAGAAAGUUAUUUGUUUCUGGCCAUUUUGAGCCUGUAAUCGAACCCACAAUUGCUGAUGCUCCAGAUACUCAACUAGUCUCAAGAAGGCCAGUUUUAUUGCUUCUUUAAUCAGCACAACAGUUUUCAGCUGUGCUAACAUAAUUGCAAAAGGGUUUUCUAAUGAUCAAUUAGCCUUUUAAAAUGAUAAACUUGGAUUAGCAAACACAACGUGCCAUUGGAACACAGGACUGAUGGUUGCUGAUAAUGGGCCUCUGUACGCCUAUGUACAUAUUCCAUAAAAAAUCUGCAGUUUCCAGCUACAAAAGCCAUUUACAACAUUAACAAUGUCUACACUAUUUCUGAUCAAUUUGAUGUUAUUUUAAUGGACAAAAAAUUUGCUUUUCUUUAGAAAACAAGGACAUUUCUAAGUGACCCUAAACUUUUGAACGGUAGUGUAAGUCUGAAAAUCUCUACUAUAUAUAAUUUGGUAAUUAACCCCAUCCCCGGCCCCGGCCCCCAACCCACACACACCCACAAGCAAACAAGCUGACCUGGCCCAGUAAGGAAAGAGGUCCAUGGAUUCCUAUCUGCUGGGUAAACAUCUUGGUUUAUAUUAACCAAGGAUGGUUACAGAGCCUAAGUAAAAAUUCCAGUUUCUCAAGGCAACUAUAGAGAAAACAGAAACAAAUAUUUGUGUGGGAAAGUUAUGGUUUUGUUUGUGAGGAAUGAUGUUUUUAAAAUGCGUACAAUGUGAAUGUGUUUUACAAUGUCUCUCUUUUUUCUCUCUUUCACCCCCCCCCCCCCGCCCCCUUCUCUCUCUCUCUCUCUCUCUCUCUCUCUCUCUCUCUCUUCUCCUCCCCUCUCUCUCUUCUCCCCCCUUCUCUCUCUCUCUCUCUCUCUCUCUCUCUCUCUCUCUCUCUCUCUCUCUCUCUCUCCUCCCCCCUUUCUCUCUCUCAGGGAGGAGAAGAGUGAGCAGCUGCUGGACUGCAGACAGGAACUGGACAACAUGGAGACUGAGAAUAAGAGGGUUCAGCAAGAGGUGCAGGACAAAACCUACCUACUACAGCACAGAGCCAUACAGAACAACUCAAUACAGCACAGAGCAAUACAGAACAGCAGUAUACCACCCUGCAUCCCACUGCUGGCUUGCCUCUGAAGCUAAGCAGGGUUGGUCCUGGUCCAUCUCUGGAUGGGAGACCAGAUGCUGCUGGAAGUGGUGUUGGAGGGCCAGUAGGAGGUGCUCCUUCCUCUGGUCUAAAUAAAUAUCUCAAUGCCCCAGGGCAGUGAUUGGGGACAUUUCCCUGUGUAGGGUGCCGUCUUUCGGAUGGGAUGUUAAACGCGUGACCUGACUGUGGUCACUAAAUAUCCCAUGGCACUUGUCGUAAGAGUAGGGGUGUUAACCCCAGUGUCCUGGCUAAAUUCCCAAUCUGGCCCUCAUACCAUCAUGGCCACCUAAUCAUCCCUAGCUUCCAAUUGGCUCAUUCAUCCCCCUUUCUCUCCCCUGUAACUCAGCAUUGGACAGAUGAAACUAGCACAACAUAUAGACCAUCACAUUACCGUCCAACCCCAGAGCAGACUGAUGCCUCACUAGUGUGCCACAGAAUGUAAACAGCAGGAGUCAAUUACAGCUGAUGUCAGACAGAGCUCCCAAACCACGUCACAUCACACGACUUAGCACCAGCAUUACGCUACUUAAUACACACUAUCUAUCUGCCUUGGACCAACGUGUCGCUCCUGAACUCCAGCUACACACUUUCACAACAUAAACGACACACUAACCGUGCUGCUGAGCUAUGCCAGGCAUCAGUCCAGCUUUACAAGCCUGCCACACAAAGCUGGCCCAGACCACUAGACAAAAGCUCCACCCAUAAGACCUCAUGUCACCUGUGGUGUCCUGACUGCCCUCAGAGUUAUACAACACAUCAAACCAUCGCCACCACCUUCUGUUUUAAAUUCUUAAUCAUUAGGUUAAUGCCCUUAGCCAAUUAGUGGCUGAGCUAUCUAUAGCUUGGCUAACCCCUUAGAUGUAGACAAAGAUGUUCUUUUAUUUAUAGUCUUUGUUGUAAACAUAAUUUGCAGCGCUAGGGAGUAGGGUCCACCACAACAACAUGGCAGAGGUGCUUAUUAUUGUGUGUGUGGUCAUUUCAAAUCUCUCUUUCAGAGAAGAUGACUGACUCAUGACACUAUUGACUAAGAGGAGCUUCAGCCUGUCUCUGUGUAUGACUGUCAUGUGUGUCUACCUAUAUGGUGUCUACCGAUACAGUCCACGGUGUCUACCGAUACAGUCCACGGUGUCUACCGACACAGUCCACGGUGUCUACCCCUGCGUGUGUGUUUGUUUACCAAUAUGAAUUAUGCCUGGUGCAAUGCAUGUAUAUAUAGUGGGAGUCUGUGUGAAACAAAAAUCGUAUAUGUGUGUGACACUGACAUUAAGUGUUUUGUUUGUCCCCUCCAGAGCCUGCAAUUGUUGUCGGACGCGCGUUCUGCCAGGGCCUAUCGUGACGAGCUGGACGCUCUGAGGGAGAAGGCCGUCAGAGUGGACAAGCUGGAGAGUGAAGUGGGACGGUACAAGGAGAGGCUCUACGACAUUGAGUUCUAUAAAGCUAGAGUAGAGGUACGCCAAAACAGAGAAAUAGCACCCAACAAGCUUGGAGUGUCAAUGAAGCAUUCAUUGGGUGUAACAUAAAUGUAUUGACUUGUUGUCCCAAUGUUGGUUGAAUGCGUGGUAGUGGGGAUGGUAGUAGUGAUAUGGCUGUGGUUGACGUGUGUGUGAUAUCUGCUGGGCCCUACAGGAGCUGAAGGAGGACAAUCAGGUUCUGCUGGAGACCAAGGCCAUGCUGGAGGACCAGCUGGUAGGAACCAGGGCUCGCUCUGACAAACUCCACGAGCUGGAGAAGGAGAGCCUGCAGCUCAAAUCCAAGAUCCACGACAUGGAAAUGGUGAGGGACAGAGGAAAAGUUAGUGUGUUUUAUGUGUGGGAUUAGGGUUAGGGAAUCAAACAGACAUGGUGGUAUGACUGAUUUUGCACUCUCUUUUUAUGGAACCAUCUUGUAGGUCAUCUCUGAAGAAUGCCCAUACUAUACUGUAGGGCUUACCAUUUGUGGAGUCGUCUGACAGUAUGUUAUGUGUAUGUUGUCUGUCUGUGUGUUCUUUAGGACCGGGACAUGGACAGGAAGCGUAUUGAGGAGCUUCUAGAGGAGAACCUGGUCCUGGAGAUGGCCCAGAAACAGAGCAUGGACGAGUCUCUCCACCUAGGGUGGGAACUACAGCAGCUCUCCAUGACCCCUGACCUGACAGAGGGUGAGCAGCCUGGAGCAGCAGCCCUCAGCACUGGGGCUCUGGCUCCAACCCCGGCCCUGGCUUUGGUCCUUCAUACACAGACAACAGAUUGGACUGGGUUUAUUUACACAUGACUAACUCCUGUAAUUAAUAUUCAAUGACUCCAAGUCCCAGAUUAGCACCGGCCUGGAUUUGGAACAAUGUUAAUGGGGUUAACUGGUUUUGGAUCAGGAUAAACCCUGUUGUUUCCUCAGUAACUACAGUUAGGGAUAUUCUAUACUUCCUCAUCCGUUGGGGGGACUUCCUACCACUAUAACAGAACCUGUAGCAUCUGCAUACAGUAUGUUGUUGUGUGCCUAACAUAGGGUUGGUUUCAUUGUGCAGUGCCUCAGAAGUCCCUGGGCCACGAGGUAAAUGAGCUGACGUCCAGCCGGCUGCUGAAGCUGGAGAAGGAGAACCAGACCCUGCUGAAGACUGUGGAGGAGCUGAGGGGCUCUGCCAGCAAAGACGCCCCCGCACGUCUCCUCAAGGCCGACAAGGAGAACCAGAGGCUCACCCAGAGGGUCAGAGCAGCUUUUAUACUUGUAUAGAAUAUAUACUGAAGUCCACUCACUUGCUUCCUGAACAUUUCCCCUUCUCUAGCCCACCCAACACUGGCUCCUUAUGUAUCAACAACAUAACAAUGGCUGCUUGCUCUUUACCCCUACUGUAGCAUCUUGGUCCAGCCCCCUAUAUUUCACCCCAGGACUUGGCUUUCAGGCCUCUUAGCUCCAUGACACCAGAGGGAGUAGAAAGAACAGAGUAAAUCUUGAAGACCAUUUCCUAUUCUCUCUCAGCCUUGACGCUUGAAGGCCCCUCCGUAAGCUAACUCUCUGCUAUUUUCAGACACUUAAGCCUUCUCUGUGCUCUCCGCAUAGAAUGCAUGAAAUGUGCCUUUCUCACACAAAGACUGAAUUAGGCAGCACCACUGGAUCGGUCAUUAUAAGAGCCCAUUUUUAAAGUGAAUUGUACAUUAACAGCCGUUUAACUUGCUGCCUGUAGACAGGCAAUAAGUAGGCAGUUUUGAGUUAAGCUGCUUUGACAGAAUUAGGUGCUUGUGGGAUAGCUCUGAUAUGAUUAGUAAUAAUCAGCCUGCCUUUUGAAGAGUUUACCCUGCAAGUGUGGUGUGUGUGUGUGUGUGUGUGUGUAUACAGGACGCUUGUAGUUGCUGUUGGUGCUGCAGCGUUAGUGCGUUAUGUAUUGAGCAGGAGAGGCAGAGGGAGAGAAUAGAGGAUGAAACAGCCACAGUGAAAGGCUUUUAUUUGUAGAUAAUUCAGCCCCCUGCCGUUUGUAGAGGGUUUGAGUGAAGUGAGUGGUAAUUAGCUAGUGCAGUCAGACAACAGAGAAUGGAACCAAUGUUCAUCAACUCUGUGGCCUUGUGGUUAGUGUCUGCCCUGAGAUUGGAAGGUUGGGAGUUCGAUUCCCGCCCGAGUCAUACCAAAGACUAUAAAAAAUGGGACCUGAUGCAUCUCUGCUUGGCACUCAGCAUUAAGGAGAUGGAUUGGGGGUAAGGCCCUGCAAUAGACUAGCAUCCUAUCCAGGGUGUGUACUUGUACAUCAAGCUGCCUCACGCUACAGAAACAGGAGAUAGACUCCUGCUCCUAUGAGCCGUUCUGGCUCGCACAAACCAAGGCUUGUGCAAGAUUCAUCAGAAGGGCUUUAUAUGGACCUGCCUACGAGUCCCUUUAAUAAAGGGCAUGUGUUACAACACUGCCACUGUGAUUAGAUAAAUAUAAAUAACAUAAUCAGCAUCAAUUCAGUUUUAUUUUUGCAAAUUAAAAUUCAAAAACAGGCUCUUCAAUUUAAAAGUGAUCGAAUCACAAUAGAAUGGUGCCCAACUGUGAUGGGUAAAGGUGUGGUAGACCUGCCUGUACUGCACACUCGGAUUGUGUCUGUGAUCUAAGUGACUGGGUGCCAUGGUAACAGUGUGUGUCCUGUGUGUGCCUGCAGUUGGAGCAGCUGGAGAGUGCGCUGAACACAGACAGGGAGAGUCUGCACAGUGCAGAGAGCCUCGGCACCGAUCUGAUGAAGGAGAAGUCUCUGCUGGAGAAAACCCUGGAGACACUGAGGGAGAACUCGGAGAGACAGGUACUCACACAGACACACAGUUACGCCUACAGUCGCACACAGCCACGCACGUCUAUGCUCUAAAUACAAAACAGACAUUUUUAGGUGGAUCGAGGGACUGGAUUUGUUUUGAUCUGGUCUGGUUCCAAGAGUCUCCAAACGACAUUACUAGCUACUUAUUGUGUAUCGGGAUGGAGUUUUCUUAGGAGAGAGCAGUCUUUGUGCUCUCAUUCUCCCAACUAGUUGGAGAGCUCUGUGUGGCUUGGGGGGUAAUGAAAAGCAGACCGAAUCUAAUGAGGUCACGGACACAGGGUGUUUAGAUUGAUGAUGUUUACAGUGAGAAGACAUGGACACAAGCCAGAUCUCUGUUGAACCUACAGUACACCACAGCGUUGAGAACUAGGGCCAGGAGUUUUUCCUGACCACUCGACCUGACUAGGAAGAAUUCAGGACCCUAGGUAUAGUCUUCUUAGAGCACAGAGUUUUUCAUGGACGAGUUUACCAUAUUCAGGAAAAACUCAGGGCUCUUUUCAUAUUAACCCCAAACUGAAACAUGACUUGAGUUGAUCUACCGUACCGCCACUCUGACGUCCUCUAUGUCGUGUCCCAGGUGAAAGGCCUGGAGCAGGAGAACGAGCACCUGACCCAGACUGUCUCGUCGCUGAGGCAACGCUCCCAGGUGGGCCCUGAGGCGCGGGUCAAAGACGUGGAGAAGGAGAACCGCGUGCUACACGAGUCCAUCCGGGAGACUAGCUCCAAACUCAACAAGCUGGAGUUUGAGCGUAAGCAGCUGCGUAAGGACCUGGCGGUGUACAAGGAGAAGGGCGAGAGGGCGGAGGAGCUGGAGGUGGAGGCGCAGCGGCUGGAGAGGGAGAACGAAGCCCUGCAGAAACGAGUAGCCAGUCUGGGCAUCGCCUGUGACAAGGUCUGCCUCUGCAUGCAUUGGUGGCUGUAUAGUUCACUUCUAGUUGUCUGUGUUCCUGCUGUCUAUCUUGUGCCAAUGGAGUCACAUAUUCCUUACUUUGUUGUGCAACUCCCAUCAUAUACAGUAGAUUGGACUUUGAAUGAGAAUAAGUUAUUUAUUGAUACAUUUUCCCAUAUUCUCCCAAAUCAUCAGGUGGCGUCUCUGGAGAAGGAGAACGCAGAGCUGGAGGCUGAGGGCCGUCGUCUGAAGAAGAACGUGGAAGGCCUGCGGAGCACCUCCUUCCAGCUGGAGGCCCUGGAGAAGGAGAACGCCCAGCUUGACGAGGAGAACCUGAAGCUCCGCAGGGCUGCCGAGGCGCUCCGCUCGGCCGGGAACAAGGCGGCUCAGCUGGAACUUGAGAACCGUGAGCUGGAGAGCGAGAGGAGCCAACUGAAGAGGAGCCUGGAGCUGCUCAAAGCCUCCUCCAGGAAGACGGAGAGGCUGGAGGUGAGCUACCAGGGCCUGGACACGGAGAACCAGCGGCUGCAGAAAUCCCUAGAGAACAGCAGCCGCAAGAUCCAGCAGCUAGAGGGGGAGCUGCAGGACGUGGAGCAGGAGAACCAGAGCCUGCAGAGGAGCCUGGAGGAACUGAAGAUCUCCAGCAAACGUCUGGAGCAGCUGGAGCAGGAGAAUAAGACUCUGGAGCAGGAGAGCUCUCAGCUGGAGAAGGACAAGAAGCAGCUGGAGAAGGAGAACAAGAGGCUGAGACAGCAGGCAGAGAUCAGGGACUCCAAGAUGGAUGAGGACAACCUGAGGAUCAGCCACCUGGAGAAGGAGAACCGCUCGCUGGGCAAGGAGAUGACCUCCUUCAAGGACUCCUGCAACCGCCUCAAAGACCUGGAGAAGGAGAACAAGGAGCUGGUCAAACAGGCCACCAUCGAUAAGAAGACCCUGGUCACUCUGCGAGAGGUAAUGAUGUAGCUACUAACUUAGAGAGGCAUGUUGUAAUGUUAGGAGAUGUAUUGUAAUGGUAAUGCAUUGGGUGAAUGCCCAUAGGUCUUCAAAUGUGCAUUUAGAUGAUCGAUAAAGUUCUGUUAUAGUCAUUGCACCUGCAUUAUGCAAGAAGUAAUAGAACCAGAGCACUAUGUCAACACUUUUUCUCAAACUUGGAACUCCACUGUGCUCCAUAAGAUUAUAUUAUUCAUUAAUAAAGGAUUGAGCUGUAGGGAUUAUAAAUGUAGAGUGACUCUGGGUUGGCGUUUGAUGUUCCAGGAACUGGUGAGUGAGAAACUGCGGAAUCAGCAGAUGAACAAUGACCUGGAGAAACUGACCCACGAGCUGGAGAAGAUAGGCCUCAACAAGGAGAGGCUGCUGCAGGCCGAGCAGAGCUCUGACAAUGACAGGUAACACACACACACACACACACCAAUCAAGGUUCAUAGUAGGCACUCUGCCAUCAAUAUAGUGUCAAGACUUGAAUUCUUUCCAGGAAAGAUCCUUGGUCUUUAAUGAUUGUGAAUGUCCCUUAUCUGCAGGUACAAGCUGCUGGAGUUCAAGCUAGAGUCCACUCUCAAGUCUUCUCUGGAGAUCAAGGAGGAGAAGAUAGCUGCCUUGGAGGCUAGACUGCAGGAGUCCUCCAACCUCAACCAACAACUGCGCCAGGAGCUCAAAACUGUGAGUUCCCAAACAAUACAGUACAGCAGCCCAGAGGACCAAAACUUUAUCCUGGAGAUUCUGUGUUAUGUUAUUUAACACAUGACUCAGAGAAAUGCUGAAAUGCUUGUCAGAGGCCAUUUAUUAUUUAUUCAUUGUGUUAUUUAUUCAUGAGGUACCAGGAGUCUGGAAAACACAGAUAAUAGUCUCCGAUGCACGUUGUUCAACUCGAAAACUACAACCCUUGCCGCUGGGGUGCCAGAACAGAGAACAAUGUUAGCAUAGGUAUAUUUUUGGAAGGUUUUGGGGGAUGGAGGUUUAACCCUUUUACCUUUGACCUUUCCAGGUGAAGAAGAACUAUGAGGCCCUGCGACAGAGGGAGGAGGAGGAGGAGAGGAUGGUGCAGAGCUCGCCCCCCAGAGGAGGGGACAGGGAGGACUCUCAGGCCGUCAACAAGUGGGAGAAGGAGAGCCACGAGACCACCCGGGAACUGCUCAAGGUCAAAGACCGCCUCAUCGAGGUGGAGAGGAAUGUGAGUACACUCCAUCUAAUCAACAACUCAAAAGAGCCGUCUUAGAUACAGCAUGUGACAGUGAUGUCACUGUGAAGGGUCUCUACAUAUAAUUAAUGCAUGUGUAUAUCUUGUCUGUCUGUCUGUACACCAUCUACAGAACGCCACCCUCCAGGCAGAGAAGCAGGCCCUGCAUACCAACCUGAAGCAGCUGGAGACCCAGAGCAGUAACCUGCAGGCCCAGAUUCUGGCUCUGCAGAGACAGACUGCAUCUCUACAGGAGAACAACACCACACUACAGACCCAGAACGCCAAACUACAGGUUCCCUCUGUUGCUCCCUCACUGCUGUGCCCUGAACCCUAUUUUCUGGCCUUGUCUACACUGCAUCUAUAGCCUGUAUUCUAGUUUAAACCCUCUUCAAGCAUGUCUCUUCUCCACUCUGCCCAGUGACUAGAGAUAAUUCCCCUCCACAACAUCUAUUUUGAUUUAUUUUAUGGCAGCGGUUCAACAAAAUCUUGGGUUGUAAAAUCUACAUCAGAACAAGAUUCGGCUGCAUUCUGCUGCAAGCCAAAACUAAUUACAACUUUGAACAUGUCUGUGCUUGUGAUUUGUACUGGCAAAAAAACAUUUGACCACUGAUGUCUAGGACAUGCAACGUCUCAACCAUCGGAGUGGACUGGAGGGACGGGCUGGCUGUGUACACAGUGCCCCCUGUUGCUCAGAAGUGACACCUACAUCUAUUCAAAUUAUUUUAUGGGGUUCUUACACUGGUUUUCACAUAAUCAGUUAAUCGAAUCCAAUGCUAUUCCUAGCAGGACAUGACAAAACCCUUGAAGAAACAGUUAUAGUUAAGGGCAUUUCUGAUUGACUGAGUUCAGACUGCUCAGAUCAUCUAAUCAGAAGUCUUGUUUACCCCCCUAGGUUGAGAAUUCAACACUGAACUCCCAGAGUGGCGCUCUCAUGACCCAGAAUGCCCAACUGGCAACGCAGCAGUCCAGCACGGAGAACGAGAAGGAGGGGGCGGUGAGGGAGAGGGAGGACCUGAGGUCCACCUAUGAGAUGCUGCUAAGGGACCAUGAGAAGCUGGCUGCCCUGCAUGAGAGACAGGCCUCCGAAUACGAGGGCCUCAUCGGCAAACAUGGAGGCCUGAAGAGUGCCCACAAGAGCCUGGAGUCACAGCACAGAGACCUGGAGGACAGGUGGGGUUUCUACUGGGGCUGUUAUGUGCUUACAGCAUACUGUAGCACAGCUGGCAUACCAUCACUUACUUAACCACACGGCCAAACACACACAUGCACGACAGUCUUACUAUGCAUUCACCUCCACUCUACCAAUACACAGCACUCAAGUCAGAGACGCGCAUAAACGCACAGCUGCUGUUCACUAACAGGUAGUACUGUAUUUACAGGUAUAACCAGCUGCUGAGGCAGAAGGAUCAGCUGGAGGAGCUGGAGAAACAGCUGAAGGCACAGCAGGAGAAGAUGCUGUCUGAGAACAAGAGCCACAAGACCACUGCUGCAGACUACCACAAACUGAAGGAGGAGAAUGAAAGGUGAGUGCUUCAGGGUUAAACUGAAUACCGUAUGUAUAAGGAACCGAGGGGGAGGAGGAUGUGCCCUGAGGUUUACUUUGGGGUGCAGGGAACAUCCCUUAACUGUCAGUCCAGGUGCAGAGAAACCUGUGCAACAAGAUUUUUAGAGAGCGAGGGAAAAGAAAGUCUGCAUGUUUUGAGUGGCAGCAUGCAGACAUUUUAAGUGGUUGGUUACAAUUAGAGAACUAACCAUUUAGCUGUUAUUUUCCAAAUGAAAUGUUAAUUAGUGUAUUUUCCCCUUCUUUCAUAAAGGUCUCUCCCUCAAACCACGGUUUGACAUGUGCCAGGGACUAUGAGUAAAGAAUGUGCUGUUUGAAACCCAUUAUGAUGUCUCUGUGUGUAGGCUGAACAUGGCACACCGCCAGCUGGUGAAGGAUAAUGAGGGACUGCAGGCCGACCAUAAGAACCUGAAGAGCCAGAUGAACGGUGCCAAACUGGAACAGACCCGCCUGGAGGCGGAGUUCUCCAAACUCAAAGAGCAGUACCAACAGCUGGACAUCACCUCCACCAAGCUCACUAACCAGUGUGAGGUACGGUUACAUACUCCUCAAACCCACUUCUCUACCUACCACUCACCAACCAGUGUGAGGAACUACAAUAUCGGCACCACCUUCCCACAGACCGACUAGAUUGUAAUUUGCAUGUUCCACAUACACUGCUCAAAAAAAUAAAGGGAACACUUAAACAACACAAUGUAACUCCAAGUCAAUCACACUUCUGUGAAAUCAAACUGUCCACUUAGGAAGCAACACUGAUUGACAAUACAUUUCACAUGCUGUUGUGCAAAUGGAAUAGACAACAGGUGGAAAUUAUAGGCAAUUAGCAAGACACCCCCAAUAAAGGACUGGUUUUGCAGGUGGUGACCACAGACCACUUCUCAGUUCCUAUGCUUCCUGGCUGAUGUUUUGGUCACUUUUGAAUGCUGGCGGUGCUUUCACUCUAGUGGUAGCAUGAGACGGAGUCUACAACCCACACAAGUGGCUCAGGUCGUGCAGCUCAUCCAGGAUGGCACAUCAAUGCGAACUGUGGCAAGAAGGUUUGCUGUGUCUGUCAGCGUAGUGUCCAGAGCAUGGAGGCGCUACCAGGAGACAGGCCAGUACAUCAGGAGACGUGGAGGAGGCCGUAGGAGGGCAACAACCCAGCAGCAGGACUGCUACCUCCGCCUUUGUGCAAGGAGGAGCAGGAGGAGCACUGCCAGAGCCCUGCAAAAUGACCUCCAGCAGGCCACAAAUGUGCAUGUGUCUGCUCAAACGGUCAGAAACAGACUCCAUGAGGGUGGUAUGAGGGCCCGACAUCCACAGGUGGGGGUUGGGCUUACAGCCCAACACCGUGCAGGACGUUUGGCAUUUGCCAGAGAACACCAAGAUUGGCAAAUUCGCCACUGGCGCCCUGUGCUCUUCACAGAUGAAAGCAGGUUCACACUGAGCACAUGUGACAGACGUGACAGAGUCUGGAGACGCCGUGGAGAACGUUCUGCUGCCUGCAACAUCCUCCAGCAUGACCGGUUUGGCGGUGGGUCAGUCAUGGUGUGGGGUGGAAUUUCUUUGGGGGCCGCACAGCCCUCCAUGUGCUCGCCAGAGGUAGCCUGACUGCCAUUAGGUAUCGAGAUGAGAUCCUCAGACCCCUUGUGAGACCAUAUGCUGGUGCGGUUGGCCCUGGGUUCCUCCUAAUGCAAGACAAUGCUAGACCUCAUGUGGCUGGAGUGUGUCAGCAGUUCCUGCAAGAGGAAGGCAUUGAUGCUAUGGACUGGCCCGCCCGUUCCCCAGACCUGAAUCCAAUUGAGCACAUCUGGGACAUCAUGUCUUGCUCCAUCCACCAACGCCACGUUGCACCACAGACUGUCCAGGAGUUGGCGGAUACUUUAGUCCAGGUCUGGGAGGAGAUCCCUCAUGAGACCAUCCGCCACCUCAUCAGGAGCAUGCCCAGGCGUUGUAGGGAGGUCAUACAGGCACGUGGAGGCCACACACACUACUGAGCCUAAUUUUGACUUGCUUUAAGGACAUUACAUCAAAGUUGGAUAAGCCUGUAGUGUGGUUUUCCACUUUAAUUUUGAGGGUGACUCCAAAUCCAGACAUCCAUGGGUUGAUAAAUUUGAUUUCCAUUCAUAAUUUUUGUGUGAUUUUGUUGUCAGCACAUUCAACUAUGUAAAGAAAAAAGUAUUUAAUAAGAUUAUUUCAUUCAUUCAGAUCUAGGAUGUGUUAUUUUAGUGUUCCCUUACAUUUUUUGAGCAGUGUAUUUCCCAACUCUAUCACAGGUAACUCUUGGUAAAUAUGCCCCCAUGUUAUGGAAGUGUUCAUAGCUGAUGUGUGGCCUCUGUCCAGACAUGAGUGUUUGCCUGAUCUGUCUGUAGGAAAGGAUGGCUGAUAGAGUAGAUGUGCCUGGGGAUACACAGCUGGUUUCUCAACACUGUGCUCUGUGAGGCUUAAAGAGUGUCAGACAAGUAUUCACACCCUGUAAAAGGCACAGCCCACAUGCAGUAAUACAUACAACCAUGUAAAAGAAACUUGGAAACUUGCUCAAUAAGCAUUUCCAUUGAAAAUUGAGGUAACAAAAUGUUAUUAUUUCUCUCUCCCUAGUUGCUGAGCCAGUUGAAGGGGAACCUGGAGGAGGAGAACCGACACCUGCUGGACCAGAUCCAGACCCUGAUGCUGCAGAACCGCACCCUUCUAGAACAGACCAUGGAGAGCAAGGACCUGUACCAUGUAGAACAGAGACUGUACAUGUGAGAGAUGAUUCCCCCCCCCCCCCCCCCCCCCCCCACACUAUUAUAUUUUGCAACCCUGUAACCGGUGUUAAACAUGUCAAUAGGAGAAAUGUCUGUUUCUUGGCUAUGAUGUAAUUUGUCCCUAACUGGUCUUCCCUCCUUCAGAGACAAGCUGAACGAGUUGAGGAGACAGAAGGAGAAGCUGGAGGAGAAGAUCAUGGAUCAGUAUAAGUUCUACGACCCCUCACCUCCACGGAGGUAAGUAGCUAGGAGGAGUCCACUCACUGCUGUCACUGUGGUUGGUGCUGUAGCCAGACUCAGGUAUGCUGCAGUACAUCAUGUCCUGUCCAUGGCUGAGACAAAGCAGACAUCCCCCACAUGAAAAUGAAAUGUAUAACUGCAGUAGAUUGCUGCAGUCGUCUGGUUAGGGUUCAUUCUAGUACCUAAUCGACUGCACUAUGCCUAACCAUUCAGUUCUGAUUCAUUUCCGUCCCUGACUAAAUGCAUAUGGUUUACAUCUGAACCUAAUCAACCCCUGCGUAUGGUUGAACUUUCUACCUAACCAGGCAGCUCUGGUUCAUAUUUAUGCCUAACCAACAUCCUCAUAGCUGUAGAUUAAGGCUGUCUCUGGGGAAUUGGUAUGCUGUGGUUACAAGAACACCCCAGAUGCUGGAAAACCCCUGGUUAAAUAGGCAUGAAAUGGGAAAUCAAACUAAAUGCAUUUCCUUCAUUUCAAAACAUUCCCCCCCUUUCCUGCCUACUGAACACUACCCAGAGUCAAAUAAUCGACCUCAAAUAACAAACCCCUCCUCCUCCCCCUCCCCCUCUCUCCCUCCCCACUCUCUCUCCCUCCCCUCGCUUCCCUCCUUUCUCUCUCUCUCCCUCCUGUCACUCUCUCCCUCCUUUCUCUCUCUCUCCCUCCCCUCACUCCCCUCCACUCUCUUGCUCUUGUGUCAGACGGGGGAACUGGAUCACCCUGAAGAUGAAGAAACUGAUCAAGCCGAGGAGUCGGGAGCGGAUGCGUUCCCUGACGCUGACGCCCACACGCUCUGAGUCCAGCGACGGCUUCCUGGGGCUUCCUCUGGACAGCCAGGACUCCUCCUCCAUAGGCUCUGGCUCCAACUCCCUGGAUGACACACUGACACACAAGAGAAGCAGCAGUGAGUAGACACACUCUCAGGCCUGCAUGGAAUACUCCCUACUGAACAGAUAAAAUCAAGCCUUAUUUGAAGUGCAAUUAAAACACAUCAAUAUACUUUACAGUAAAAUAAACACAAUAGAAGGAAGCAAUAUACUUUUAAAAAGAGAGUCUGCUACUGACCAGGCAGUCUAAGACUAGGUCUUCCUCUCACUCAGUACAAUUGACCAGAGGGACUGACACACAGGAAUAAGGACUAGAUCACAUAUUAGCUAAAUAAGACACGGGAAGCAGAGUACAUAUUAAUAGAUGAAUUGUAUUAAUAAAUACAUGCAGGCUUAGACACAGGAAAUGCACGUUCAGAACGGCAGACACAGGAAAUAUGAUCCACACAGAGAGACCAAAGUACACUGGGUCAGAUAGGAAAGUACAGGCUGACACUAGAACAUGAGCAGGGUCAGAUUCAGUCAGGAAAUGAAGAAUGAGCAGGGGUCAGUUGCAGACGGUGAGGUAUGCCGUGCAGUAGAUGCUUGUUGCUGUGUGGUGGUUGGUUGUGUGGGCCUAACGCUUGCAGUGCUUGUUUUUCUCUCUCUGUGCAAAAGGGAAGAGAGACUCUCAGAGAGUGCUGCAUUUCCAUGUGCAGGGUAACCAGGGUUCCUCUAAUGGUAUGCUAAGAGGGGAGGGUUGGGCGCGGCUUGUAGUCAAGCUGUCCUGUCACUCAGGGCAUGUCAACAUGACGUGUCGUAACUCAUCCUUCAGUCAAUGUCCAUACCUAUUAAAAGGUGCAAUGCAUUAUGGGUCACCUGUGCUCAAUGCACAAGCUAUCAAAUAUUUUUUUCUUCAACUAUACUAAAGACAACCUUUUAUGUAACCAUUUGAUUUCUUUGAAUAGCUAUAAUAAAUAGCAUUUACAGUGCAUUCGGAAACUAUUCAGACCCCUUUUUUCACAUUUUGUUACGUUAGUCUUAUUCUAAAAUGAAUUAAAUAAAAAAAUGUCCUCAUCAAUCUACACACAAUACCCCAUAAUGAUGAAGCAAAAACAGGUUUUUAGACAUUUGUGCUAAUUUAUUUAAAAUAAAAAACACAAAUACAUUAUUUACAUAAGUAUUCAGACCCCUUGCUAUGAGACUCGAAAUUUAGCUCAGGUGCAUCCUGUUACCAUUGAUCAUCCUUGAGAUGUUUCUACAAUUUGAUUGGAGUCCACCUGUGGUAAAUUCAAUUGAUUGGACAUCAUUUGGAAAUGCACACACCUGUUUAUAUAAGGUCCCAAAGAAGUUUGGAACCACCAAGACUCUUCAUAGAGCUGCCCCCCCCCCCGGCCAAACUGACCAAUCGGGGGAGAAGGGCCUUGGUUAGGGAGGUGACCAAGAACUUGAUGGUCACUCUGACAGAGCUCUAGACGUCCUCUGUGGAGAACCUUCCAGAAGGACAACCAUCUCUGCAGCACUACACCAAUCAGGCCUUAAUGGUAGAGUGGCCAGACGGAAGCCACUCCUCAGUAAAAGGCACAUGACAGCCCGCUUGGAGUUUGCCAAAUGUACCUAAAGAUUCUCAGAUCGUGAGAAAGAAGAUUCUCUGGUAUGAGGUAACCAAUAUUGAACUAUAUUUGGCCUGAAUGCCAAGCGUUAUGUCUGGAUGAAACCUGGCACCAUCCCUACGGUGAAGCAUGGUGGUGGCAGCAUCAUGUUGUGGGGAUGUUUUUCAGCGGCAGGGACUGGGAGACUAGUAAGGAUCGAGGGAAAGAUGAACGGAGCAAAGAGAGAUCCUUGAUGGAAACCUGCUCCAGAGUGCUCAGGACCUCAGACUGGGGGGAAGGUUCACCUUCCAACAGGACAACGACCCUAAGCACACAGCCAAGACAAUGCAGGAGUGGCUUCGGGACAAGUCUCUGAAUGUCCUUGAGUAGCCCAACCAGAGCCCGGACUUGAACCCGAUCUAACAUAUCUUUAGAGACCUGAAAAUAGCUGUGCAGCGAUGCUCCCCAUCCAACCUGACAGAACUUGAGAGGAUCUGCAGAAAAGAUUGGGAGAAACUCCCCAAAUACAGGUGUGCCUAGCUUGUAGCGUCAUACCCAAGAAGACUUGAGGCUGUAAUCGCUGCCAAAGGUGCUUCAACAAAGUACUGAGUAAAAGGGUCUGAAUACUUAUGUAAAUGUGAUAUUUACGUUUUAAAUUCUUAAUAAAUGUGCAAAAAUGUCUAAACCUGUUUCUGUUUUUGCUUUGUCAUUAUGGGGUAUUGUGGGUAGAUUGAUGAGGGGGGAAACAACUAUUUAAUCCAUUUAGGAAUAAGGCUGUAACGUAACUAAAUGUGGAAAAAGGAAGCACCAGUGACUCGGUUAAUAAAAAAGUGGUCAGAUGACGCAGAUGCUAAGCUACAGGACUGUUUUGCUAGCACAGACUGGAACAUGUUCCGGGAUUCUUCAGACAGCAUUGAGGAGUACACCACAUCAGUCACUGGCUUCAUCAAUAAGUGCAUCGAUGAUGUCGUCCCCACAGUGACCGUACGUACAUACCCCAACCAGAAGCCAUGGAUUACAGGAAACAUCCGCACUGAGCUAAAGGGUAGAGCUGCCGCUUUCAAGGAACGGGACUCUAACCCGGACGCUUAUAAGAAAUCCCGCUAUGCCCUCCGACGAACCAUCAAACAGGCAAAGAGUCAAUACAGGACUAAGAUUGAAUCGUACUACACUGGCUCUGACGCUCGUCGGAUGUGGCAGGGCUUGAAAACUAUUACAGACUACAAAGGGAAGCACAGCCGUGAGCUGCCCAGUGACACAAGCCUACCAGACGAGCUAAACCACUUCUAUGCUCGCUUCGAGGCAAGCAACACUGAAGCAUGCAUGAGAGCACCAGCUGUUCCGGAUGACUAUGUGAUCACGCUCUCCGUAGCCGAUGUGAGUAAGACUUUUAAGCAGGUCAACAUUCACAAGGCCGCAGGGCCAGACGGAUUACCAGGACGUGUACUCCGAGCAUGUGCUGACCAACUGGCAAGUGUCUUCACUGACAUUUUCAACAUGUCCCUGACUGAGUCUGUAAUACCAACAUGUUUCAAGCAGACCACCAUAGUCCCCGUGCCCAAGGACUCUAAGAUAACCUGCCUAAAUGACUACCGACCCGUAGCACUGACGUCUGUAGCCAUGAAGUGCUUUGAAAGGCUGGUCAUGGCUCACAUCAACAGCAUUAUCCCAGAAACCCUAGACCCACUCCAAUUUGCAUACCGCCCCAACAGAUCCACAGAUGAUGCAAUCUCUAUUGCACUCCACACUGCCCUUUCCCACCUGGACAAGAGGAACACCUACGUGAGAAUGCUAUUCAUUGACUACAGCUCAGCAUUCAACACCAUAGUGCCCUCUAAGAUCAUCACUAAGCUAAGGAUCCUGGGACUAAACACCUCCCUCUGCAACUGGAUCCUGGACUUCCUGAUGGGCCUCCCCCAGGUGGUAAGGGUAGGUAACAACACAUCUGCCACACUGAUCCUCAACACGGGGGCCCCUCAGGGGUGCGUGCUCAGUCCCCUCCUGUACUCUCUGUUCACCCAUGACUGCAUGGCCAGGCACGACUCCAACACCAUCAUUAAGUUUGCCGACGACACAACAGUGGUAGGCCUGAUCACCGACAACGAUGAGACAGCCUAUAGGGAGGAGGUCAGAGACCUGGCCGUGUGGUGCCAGGACAAUAAUCUCUCCCUCAACGUGACCAAGACAAAGGAGAUGAUUGUGGACUACAGGAAAAAAAAGAGGACUGAGCACGCCCCCAUUCUCAUCGACGGGGCUGUAGUGGAACAGGUUGAGAGCUUCAAGAUCCUUGGUGUCCACAUCACCAACGAACUAUCAUGGUCCAAACACACCAAGACAGUCGUGAAGAGGGCACGACAAAGCCUAUUCCCCCUCAGGAGACUGAAAAGAUUUGGCAUGGGUCCUCAGAUCCUCAAAAAAUUCUACAGCUGCACCAUCGAGAGCAUCCUGACUGGUUGCAUCACCGCCUGGUAUGGCAACUGCUUGGCCUCCGACCGCAAGGCACUACAGAGGGUAGUGCGUACGGCCCAGUACAUCACUGGGGCCAAGCUUCCUGCCAUCCAGGACCUCUAUACCAGGCGGUGUCAGAGGAAGGCCCUCAAAAUUGUAAAAGACUCCAGCCACCCUAGUCAUAGACUGUUCUCUCUGCUACCGCACGGCAAGCGGUACCGGAGUGCCAAGUCUAGGUCCAAAAGACUUCUCAACAGCUUCUACCCCCAAGCCAUAAGACUCCUAAACAGCUAAUCAUGGCUACCCGGACUAUUUGCACUGCCCCCCCCCACACCAUCCUUUUUACGCUGCUGCUACUCUGUUAAUUAUUUAUGCAUAGUCACUUUAACUCUACCCACAUGUACAUAUUACCUCAACUAGCCGGUGCCCCCGCACAUUGACUCUGCAACGGUACCCCCCUGUAUAUAUAGCCUCCCUACUGUUAUUUUAUUUUACUUCUGCUCUUUUUUUUCUCAACACUUUUUUUGUUGUUGUUUUAUUUUUACUUUUUUGUUAAAAAUAAAUGCACUGUUGGUUAAGGGCUGUAAGUAAGCAUUUCACUGUGAUGUCUGCACCUGUUGUAUUCGGCGCAUGUGACCAAUAAAAUUUGAUUUGAUUUGAUUUGAAAAAGUCAAGGGGUCUGAAAUACUUUCCCAAUGCACUGAAUAUGAUAUACAGUACCAGCCAAAAGUUUGAACACACCUACUCAUUCAAGGGUUUUUCUUUAUUUUUUACUAUUUUCUACAUUGUAGAAUAAUAGUGAAGACAUCAAAACUAUGAAAUAACACAUAUGGAAUCAUGUAGUAACCAAAAAAGUGUUAAAUAAAUCAAAAUAUAUUUUAUAUUUGAGAUUCUUCAAAUAGCCACCCUUUGUCUUGAUGACAGCUUUGCACACUCUUGGCAUUCUCUCAACUAGCUUCACCUGGAAUGCUUUUCCAACAGUCUUGAAGGAGUUCCCACAUAUGCUGAGCACUUGUUGUCUGCUUUUCCUUCAGUCUGCGGUCCGACUCAUCCCAAAUCAUCCCAACUGGGUUGAGGUCGGGAGAUUGUGGAGGCCAGGUCAUCUGAUGCAGCACUCCAUCACUCUCCUUCUUGGUCAAAUAGCCCUUACACAGCCUGGAGGUGUGUUGGGUCAUUGUCCUGUUGAAAAACAAAUGAUAGUCCCACUAAGCCCAAACUAGAUGGGAUGGCAUAUCGCUGCAGAAUGCUGUGGUAGCAAUGCUGGUUAAGUGUGCCUUGAAUUCUAAAUAAAUCACACAGUGUCACCAGCAAAGCACCAUAACACCUCCCCCUACAUGCUUUACAGUGGGAACUACACAUGCAGAGAUAAUCUGUUCACCCACACCGCGUCUCACAAAGACUCCAGACCAAAGGACACAUUUCCACCGGUCUAAUGUCCAUUGCUCGUGUCUCUUGGCCCAAGUAGGUCUCUUCUUCUUAUUGGUGUCCUUUAGUAGUGGUUUCUUUGCAGUAAUUAGAACAUGAAGGCCUGAUUCACACAGUCCCCUCUGAACAGUUGAUGUUGAGAUGUGUCUGUGACUUGAACUCUGUGAAGCAUUUAUUUGGGCUGCAAUUUCUGAGGCUGGUAACUCUAAUGAACUUAUCCUCUGCAGCAGAGGUAACUCUGGGACUUCCAUUCCCGUGGCGGUCUUCAUGAGAGCCAGUUUCAUCAUAGCGCUUGAUGGUUUUUGCAACUGCACUUGAAGAAACUAUUUUUUUUUAUGUUCCGUAUUGACUGACCUUCAUGUCUUAAAGUAAUGAUGGACUGUCGUUUCUCUUUGCUUAUUUGAGCUGUUCUUGCCAUAAUAUGGACUUGGUAUUUUACCAAAUAGGGCUAUCUUCUGUAUACCCCCGCUACCUUGUCACAACACAACUGAUUGACUCAAACGCAUUAAAAAGGAAAGAAAUUCCACAAAUUAACUUUUAAGAAGGCACACCUGUUAAUUGAAAUGCAUUCCAGGUGACUACCUCAUGAAGCUGGUUGAGAGAAUGCCAAGAGUGUGCAAAGCUGUCAUCAAGGCAAAGGGUGGCUGGCUAUUUGAAGAAUCUCAAAUACAAAAUAUAUUUGGAUUUGUUUAACACUUUUUGGUUACUACAUGAUUCUAUGUGUUAUUUCAUAGUUUUGAUGUCUUCACUAUUAUUCUACAAUGUAGAAAAUAGUAAAAAUAAAGAAAAACCCUUGAAUGAGUAGGUGUGUCCAAACUGUUGACUGGUAGUGUAUGUCUAAAAAAAGACUGAAGUUCAGCUUCUUUAUUUCUGUAAAAUGCAGACAGUCUGGAGCUGGAAAUCUAAAAUGGUGUCUCUGUACAGUCAGUGUCCCAGAAUCGUCUGUUUCCCUGUGAACACUGUUCCCCUCGUCUCAUCGUUUUACCUCCUAAUUGCACCUUUUAAUAAACAUCUCCCUGUGUGUGUGUGUGUGUGUGUGUGUGUGUGUGUGGUCUUGUACAGUCGUGGUCAAAGGUUUUGAGAAUGACACAAAUACAAUUUUUCACAAAGUCUGCUGCCUCAGUUUUGAAGAUGGCAAUUUGCAUAUACUCCAGAAUGUCAUGAAGAGUGAUCAGAUGAAUUUCAAUUAAUUGCAAAGUCCCUCUUUGCCAUGAAAAUGAACUGAAUCCCCAAAAAACAAUUUCCACUGCAUUUCAGCCCUGCCACAAAAGGACCAGCUGCCAUCAUGUCAGUGAUUCUCUUGUUAAGAGAGUGUUGACGAGGACAAGGCUGGAGAUCACUCUGUCAUGCUGAUUGAGUUAGAAUAACAGACUGGAAGCUUUAAAAUGAGGGUGGUGCUUGAAAUCAUUGUUCUAACCAUGGUUACCUGCAAGGAAACACGUGCCGUCAUCAUUGCUUUGCACAAAAAGGGCUUCACAGGCAAGGAUAUUGCUGCUAGUAAGAUUGCACCUAAAUCAAACAUUUAUCAUCAAGAACUUCAAGGAGAGAGGUUCCAUUGUGGUGAAGAAGGCGUCAGGGUGCCCAAGAAAGUCCAGCAAGCUCCAGGACCGUCUCCUAAAAUUGAUUCAGCUGCGGGAUCGGGGCACCACCAGUGCAGAGUUUGUUCAGGAAUGGCAGCAGGCAGGUGUGAGUGCAUCUGCACGCACAGUGAGGCAAAGACUUUUGGAGGAUGGUCUGGUGUCAAGAAGGGCAGCGAAGAAGCCACUUCUCUCCAGGAAAAACAUCAGGAACAGACUGAUAUUCUGCAAAAGGUACAGGUAUUGGACUGCUGAGGACUGGGGUAAAGUCAGUUUCUCUGAUGAAUCCCCUUUCCGAUUGUUUGGGGCAUCCGGAAAACACCUUGUCUGGAGAAGACAAGGUGAGCGCUACCAUCAGUCCUGUGUCAUGCCAACAGUAAAGCAUCCUGAGACCAUUCAUGUGUGGGGUUGCUUCUCAGCCAAGGGAGUGGGCUCACUCACAAUUUUGCCUAAGAACACAGCCAUGAAUAAAUAAUGGUACCAACACAUCCUCCGAGAGCAACUUCUCCCAACCAUCCAAGAACAGUUUGGUGACGACCAAUGCCUUUUCCAGCAUGAUGGAGCACCUUGCCAUAAGGCAAAAGUGAUAACUAAGUGGCUCGGGGAAUAAAACAUUGACAUUUUGGGUCCAUGGCCAGGAAACUCCCCAGACCUUAAUCCCAUUGAGAACUUGUGGUCGAUCCUCAAGAGGCAGGUGGACAAACAAAAACCCACAAAUUCUAACUAACUCCAAGCAUUGAUUAUGCAAGAAUGGGCUGCCAUCAGUCAGGAUGUGGCCCAGAAGUUAAUUGACAGCAUGCCAGGGCGGAUUGCAGAGGUCUUGAAAAAGAAGGGUCAACACUGCAAAUAUUGACUCUUUGCAUAAACUUAAUGUAAUUGUCAAUAAAAGCCUUUGACACUUAUGGAAUGCUUGCAAUUAUACUUCAGUAUACCAUAGUAACAUCUGACAAAAAUAUCUCAUAACACUGAAGCAGCGAACUUUGUGAAGACCAAUACUUGUGUCAUUCUCAAAACUUUUGAUCACGACUGUAUGUACAUGUGUGUGUUUUGUGUGUAUUGUCUGUUGGCAGCCUGACAUCUUCGAUGUGACAACCCUCUUAACAGCCAUCCCACUGAGCUGGUGUUUUGUGUUUUGUUUGAACAGUCAGUUAGUAUUUGUGUUUGUGUGCUCAUUUGCAUGUCAGCGUUUUUCACUAAUAUAUGUGUAACUCUGUGUGUUUGUUUUCAGUCCCAGUUGAGUCUUCAGGGCGCUACCCUGGUUCUCUCCCCCUGGUUCUCUCCCCCUGGUUCUCUCCCCCUGGUUCUCAGCGUUGUUAACAUCCAUCUAUUUUCCCCUCCUUUCUUUUCCUCUCCAUCCCCUGGUCUUUCUGUUUCUCCCCUCUCUGCUUUGGCUGUAAACUGACAGCUCUGAAAAGGUUGCCCUUUAUGAGGACCAGAUCGAAGGAGAAAGACAAAGAGAAGGCCAUCUACCGCCGGUCAAUGUGUAAGACAUCCAAUAGCCCGCCCAGCGUCCUACCACCUACCUCCACCUCCUCUGGCCUGCACCUGCCUCCCUCCAUCACCUAGAGUCUCUUCUUAUAGAUUCUAGCUGGUUUCUUUCCUUCUUUUCUAGGAAUACAAAACUCAAACACUCUACUAUAUAUCCCUAAUAGUAGCUACAUCUAUCUUAACAGCACAUUUUGUUGUUGUGUUUGUGUUAGAUUUGUGUACAGUCAAAGUAAUGAAAUACAAUAACUAAUAUAUGUAGAUAUUAGAACAAACUAACACUCUUCAGUGAUUAAUGACACUAAUGUGAGGUAAUGUGAGUGUAGAGAGUAGAGGUGUUCUGUGAACCGUAGUUCUUUUUCUGUAGUUCUUUUCGCUGUAGUGUUGUGGUAUCUGUAGAUGAGCUAUAGUUCCUUUUUAGUCGAUGUCUAGUCCAUGUAUAUGUGUGACAGUGCAGGCGCGAGGUACUGUAUACCAUUCUACUUUUCUCUACUGUGUGGUGUGGUCUGUGGAUGUGUGUGGCCUGCACUGUGUGACUCUGGCCCCAUCCAUCCAUCUAUAUAUCUCUGCCUGUCUGCCUGUGGUGUGAGCGCAGCCUGCCGUCUCACCCCUCUCUCACUACAGUGCUGCUGCAGGCAUGGCUUAGCAGAACUACACUGCUCUCUCUCUCUCUCCACCUCUCACUCACAGCAACCAUGUAGGAAUUGAAAUGGAGCCUUCCAGUGCUUUCUUUCUCUAUCUUGUUUUCUCUUUCUUUCUUUCUUUCUCUCAUUUUCUCUUUAUAUCAUUCCCUGCCUUCUCUUUUAUCUGUCACUCUCUUUUUUCAGUUUGGCUGCAUUUCAGCUCUUUUGCAUGCCAUGCCAACAUGGGCAUCUCUGAAUGCUGCUGCUCUGACUCUUAGCAGCCACUGCAUGCUUAGCCUAGCGCUGCUCCCUGUGCCCUCCCUCUGGGGCCAGUCAGCCCACCACAUAAGGGUAGGAGGUAUCGACUAAUUCAUCUUCAUCUCCAACCCAGCUAUGAACGACCUGCUACAGACCAUGGCCCUGGCAGGGGGUCAGUGGGCGGGCAGCACAGAGAACCUGGAGGGGCCCGUGGAGACCAACGGGGGCAGCAGUAGCCGGCGAAUGAAGGAGCUGGGCUCCAUGGCCUACUCCACCAACGCUAUCAACUAUGCCACCCUCACCCUGCCUUCAGGCAGCAGGGCCAAGAGGAGCCUGAAGAUCAAAGGUAGAGACUACAGGACCGCUAGUCGAUCCCCCCCCUCAUCUGUGUGGUGAUGUGAACUAUUAUCUAGGGAAAAGGAAAGGGUAUACCUAGUCAGUUGCACAACUGAAUGCAUUCAACCAAAAUGUGUCUUCCGCAUUUAACCCAACCCCUCUGAAUCAGAGAGGUGCGGGGGGCUGCCUUAAACGAUGUCCACGUCAUCGGCCCCCGGGGAGCAGUUGUUGGGGGUUAACUGCCAUGCUAAUUUUUUCAUACUCUAGCUUUCAGAAGAUUGGCUGACUCUGAUUGGCUGACACAGACUUUGCUUCCCUCAUAAGCCCUAUUCUCUUGUAGUCUCUCCAUCCCUCCAGUCAUAACUCAUAUUUCCACAUUUCUUUGUCUCUCCUCCAGACAACGCUUCCUGUGAAGAUGUCCCAGCAUCCUCAGCUGACCCCAAUGGGGUCAAAGGGCAAGGUAAAAACAUUUUUGUUGUUGACCUUAAGGACAGAAACUCCCAUUACUAUUAUAUACCACAGGGAUUAACACCAGUUUAUUACUGGAAUUAAAUAUCAAAUGGCCCAAAAAAAAGGCACUAUUUUAAAAAGCCCUACAGUAAGUAUAAAUGUCGUGCCACUGUGAUGUAUUGAUGGCCCACUAACGUUAGCUAGAAGCUUGGCCCAUAUCUCUGCAUUUCAGUUUGCUACAAUUAGAAAGUGGAUCUGCCAAAAUGACUAGAUUUAGCAUGUUAUCAUUAACCGUAAACUCCUCCUAACAAAUGGUCUUAAGCUGCCUGCCUCCAUUAGCUGGUAGAUCAGGUUUUCUGCCUACUCCAUAUCCCUGCUCACACACACAUAUAACACACACACACACACACACAAAUUAUCUCUAUUUCCGGUUAACGCUUGGCUAGCUAAAAUGUCAUCCCACUGACAUGUACAUUGUGUAAUACAGUAAUUAUACUUGUUUUCUUAAAUUGCAUGAAUUUCACAAGGACAGCCUGUUUCACUUGCACUCUGUUACGUUAAUGUUCUGGAAUGUUAGUGAGUUAACUAAUAUAAUAGCAGGAAGCCUAGUACAAUGCAGUAUUUCCUAAACUGAGCAUAACUAGCAGUAUUAGUGAACUGCACCACUGUAGCCCAGUGUAGUGUCUAAUAUCUGUGGGAGCAGGUUAACCCAGCCAGUUGUGUGUGUUGAGUGUGCUAGGCCUGCAGGUCUUUAGCAGUGCUCGGGCUCUCACCCUCUGCUCUCGACCCAUCCACUAUAUGUAGAGUCCCCUGUAGCAUCUGUUGUAAGUGACACAUCUGUAUAAAACCACUAAAAGUACCACUUUACUCAAGAUCUCUACCACUAUAAAUGAUUACCGGCCACAUACACUACCGGUCAAAAGUUUUAGAACACCUACUCAUUCAAGGGUUUUUCUUUAUUUUUACUAUUUUCUACAUUGUAGAAUAAUAGUGAAGACAUCAAGACUAUGAAAUAACACAUAUGGAAUCAUGUAGUAACCAAAAAAGUGUUAAACAAAUCAAAAUAUAUUUUAUAUUUGAGAUUCUUCAAUGUAGCAACCCUUUGCCUUGAUGACAGCUUUGGUGUGGGAGGUACACUUUUGACCGGUAGUGUACCUGCUGACAUCACUUUCCCAAUACUACUACUGUACCUCCCACACCAAACCUGAACCAACCUGAAGACCACUAAUAACAGCAAUACCACUAUCAGUUAGCAUCCCACUCACUCACAUACAGCCCACCUGUCCUCUAGUACAAUCCUCCUCUCCCUCCCCUUCAAUCACCUGAGCCCCUCCCCUGUUGGCCUCUGGGUCAUGUCAAUCACAAGGCUCCUUUCCUCCAGUCAGGUUUUACAAUAGGUCCUUCCUCUUGAAUGAUGAUUCCUCCCUUCAAGUUUGUGAGCCCCUCCCUCCCCACUGCCUUUGUGUGAUGGGGCAUGUUGUUGGAGUAGCAAUGGCACCGUGCCACCCUUCCUGCCUGCAUGCACCAUCUGCUGCCCUGUGUGAUGUGCUCUCUCAAACUGUGUGCCCUCGUCUCCCAAUCCAGCCUCAAGACCCUCCAGCCUCCAUAGUAUCAAGACCAUCAGUAGUAAUAGCAAUAAUAACUCCCACUCCUCUCCACUCGAGGCCAAAGGUACAGUCACACCGCUAACCAGAACACCCCUCUCUCCCAUGCUCCUGUAUACGAUACCUUUGUUGAUUCACACACACGAUAGAUUAAAACAAUAAGAAACAGAAGAACAAAAUGUAUAUAGAAAUCUUCGGAAUUGCUUCCUCUCUUUGAGGUAUGUUCUGAAGGGUCCAGGCUAGGUUUUGCAUAUUUGUUAUUUAUUUGCAUUGUCACAAAAAAGUAGGUUCCAGAGCUAUGUUCCUGAGCUAUGCUUUAUAUCCAGAGCCUGUCAUCACCUUGGGGUGAUACUCUUAUGUUCGUACUUGAGAUAGUCAUACACCGUUAGAGCAUAACUUACCUACAGUACUGUUUCUCUUCAGGCACAUUGAACGGAAACCUCAGCAGGCCCCACAGUGAGAGCAGUGGGGAGUUCAGCCUCAGUCUGGACCAGGAGGAGUGGUCCAGUGGGAGCAGCCCUGUCCAGCACCCCCUGUCCCGCUCCUCUCACCAGAGCCCCAUGCUGCUGCGGAGGUCCCUGGACCCCCAGGCCACACAGGCCAGGAAGAAGACUGGCAGCUCCUCGGGCAGCACCAGUGAAGUGGUCUCUCUACAGCAGUUCCUAGAGGAGAGUACCGACCCCGCAGAGGUGACAGCCUGGAACACACAGGAACACUAGAUUAUAAAAUAAUAAUAUAAUAUGCCAUUUAGCAGACGCUUUUAUCCAAAGCGACUUACAGUCAUGUGUGCAUACAUUUUUACGAAUGGGUGGUCCCGGGGAUCGAACCUACUACCCUGGCGUUACAAGCGCCAUGCUCUACCAAUUGAGCUACAGAGGACCACUACACAAUUUUGGGAUAGUACCGUUUUAUUCAUAGGCUUCAGAUGUGCUAUGAUAAGAAACAAGUAGAAGUUAUUUCACCAAUCAGGUCUGCUAUAAAGCCCAGGUAAUAUCAUGGUAUGGCAACUUUAAUGUCUCUUCUCCAUCUCCAGUCUGGCAGCCAAGAGAAUCUGACCGUUGAGUCUCCCCGCCUCUCUGGAGGCACUGAGUAUGUGCAGAGGGACCGGGCUGAGCGAGGCUCCACAUCCUGCACCGGCACUAAGGGGCGGGGCAUCCUGCGCUCAGCCAGUGGGAAGGCAGCGCCAGUGAACUCAGUUGGCCGUCCCCCCCGGGGUGACCAACCAGGUCGUCCCAGUCUACGGAAGGCAGAGAGUACGCGUGUGAAGGGCACGGUCCAGCCCCGGGUCAGCCUCUCCUCCCAGAGUAAAGCCAUGUCUGUGUCUGAGCGUCUGGACAUCUCCUCCUCCACGCUGCCCCGGGCCAGCAGCGUCAUCUCCACAGCCGAGGGCUCCACACGUCGGACCAGCAUCCACGACCUGCUGUCCAAAGACGCCCGGCAGCCCGUGUCUGUGGACCACUCACCCUCCUCAAAGACCUCGCCUAGCGCCUCCACCACGCCCAGUGAGUACCCCCCAACCAGUACUCCCUCACAACACCCCAACCACCAGUCCAUCCCCCCAGCCCUCGUGCCCCUGUCCCUGCCCAAGUCAGUCAGUAUGCCCUGCACGGGCAGUCAGCAACCCCCCAAUAGUAAGGAAACUGACCUCUCCAGCCUGGAGUCCUUCUUUGGCUCGUCCUUCACAGUAGAGUCAGUGUUUAUGGACUCCAUCUUCAGCGAGCCAACCUUCACAGGGGGUAAGAGCCACACCUUCCUCUCCCUCAACACCUCCCUGGUCAGUAACAUCAGUGGCCCCCCAGGCAAAACCCACUCCCACCCCCAGCCCAACUCUGUUCAAACCACCCAGAACCAACCAAACGGGCAAAAGCCCUGCCCACCUGACCAGAAUGGGGAACAGGAGGUCAUUGACACCAAUCAUGCGCUUGAUGCUGACCAAUCCCCAUCCCCACCCCUUAGCCCAGAGGACCAACAAUCGUUGUGGUAUGAGUAUGGCUGUGUCUGA